CGGGGCGAGAGGUGAAGGGUGAAGGGGCGCCGUGCCGUGCCGUGCCGGGCGGAGCGGGGCGAGGCCGCCCCGCCGUGCCACAGGAGUCCCGCCGGGCCGGGAGGCGAUCGCCAUGGAAACCCAGGCCCGCCCCAGGCCCCGGUCCCGCCCCUGUCCCCCGGGCGAAGCGGUGGCGGCGGCGGCGGGGCCUGGGCGCAGCAUGGAGCCGGGCCGGGCGAGCCGCGGCUGAGCCGCUCGCAGGCUCCGCGGCGGGGGCGGCAGCGCUCCGCGGGCAGCGGCAGGUAGCAGCGCGGCCGGGGGGCGGGGAGGGAGCGCCGAGGGGCGGCGGCGGCGCUUCCCGAGCCGGGCCCGGGCCGUGCCGAGCCGUGCCGGGCCCGUUCGGUUCCCCCGCCGCCCACCUGGCGCCAGGUGCCCGCCCGCCAUCUUCGGGCGGCCCCGCGGGGGGCGUCGGGGGCGGGGGGGGGGCUGGCGCCUGGCCCCCGCUCCGCGCUGAGAGGCCCCGGCGCCUGGCCAUGGCCGGGGAAGCCGCCGCGCAGCGCUUCGACGAGGAUGAUUUCUACUGUCCCGUGUGCCAGGAGGUGUUCAAAACGCCCGUGAGGACCGCGAACUGCCAGCAUGUAUUUUGCAGGAAGUGCUUCUUGACAGCUAUCAGAGAAAGUGGAACACAUUGUCCUCUCUGCCGGGGGAGUGUGACUAAAAAAGAAAGAUCUUAUCCCAAAAGGGCUCUAGAUGUUGAAAACAAUAUGAAGAAAGCUUCUGGGGGCUGUAGAUGCUGUGAGAAGCAGGUUAGAUUUUCAUGGAUGAGACAGCAUUAUAAAACGUGUAAGAAGUAUCAGGAUGAAUAUGGUGUUUCUUCUAUUAUUCCAAACUUACAGAUUUCCCAAGAUUCAACAGGGAACAGCAGGAAUGAUGCAAUAUCUGAUAAUGGAGGGGUGGCUAAUAAUCAAAUACUUCAAGGAGAUACAAGUGGACAUCCAACCUUCAAAUGCCCCCUGUGUCAGGAAGCCAACUUUACCAGACAGCGCUUGUUGGAUCACUGUAAUAAUAGACAUCUUUAUCAGAUAGUUCCUGUAAUCUGUCCUAUUUGUGUAUCUCUUCCUUGGGCAGAUUCUAACCAGGUUACCAGAAAUCUUGUUAGCCACCUAAAUCUGAGACACCAGUUUGACUAUGGAGAAUUUGUGGUUUGCUUUCUCAAUUUAAGCAGUAUAUUCUCCACAAUCUCUUAUUACCGUUGUCUGGGGAUCACAUUUAGUGUUUAUUAAUGGAGAAGGUUAUGGCUUGUUGGAAACCCUGGUAUAAGAAUUGUGUGACACAGUCAGCUUUCCUGAGCUGACUAUUCUGCAAAGUAAUUUGAGCCAGGAAGAGAAGAUGGACCCUUCUGUUUAAUGAGCCUUGUCCCACUCAUCUGAUUCUUCUCCUGUCUCAUGGAUCUUGUACUUGGUUAAAUAAAAGAUACUGUGCCACAUAAACAGUCAAGUA